UCUGUAGAUUGUAGUAAUAUAAAUACUUUGUUUUCACGUAGAAGUGUGAGGAAACAGAUGUGUAAUCCUUCCCAUGUGGGAGUAUAUUUAUAUUAGCACUUAACUUUUGUUACGUUUACAUGUCCUCUUUAGUGCAGUAUUCCAAUACCACGAAGGAAGUGUUCUGGUUAGGGAAAAUGUUUAAAAAAAAAAAAAAAAAAAAUCCCCUGCUGGCUGUCGGGAAAUUGAGUCCGAUAUACGACUACACGUUUUGUACGUCUUACUGGCCACCAUCGCACCAAACUGAAAACGAGCCAAUCAGGGGUGGGACGUCGCCCUGCUGCCUGUCGGGAAGUUGAGUCCAGGAUUUACUUCCUGCUACAUCGACGGGGAAAAAACUCGGCUUACUGGAACCUCCGGGAAAAAGUAACAUAAAAGAUAUAGUUUCUUUUUCAGACACAGCAGGUUUCACUGACCCCAGAUGUCUGUGCACGAGGCCAGCAGCGCCCCCUGUCGGCCGCUCACGGCAGUAGCCUGGACCUCCAGCGGCAGCACCUGUCCCAGGGACUUCACUUUGAUCAGCACAACCCAUGAUGGAGCAACAGCCAACUUUGUGCGUGGGUUUGGUGUGAAGGCGGGGUACUAUUUGUGUUACAGCACAAACCCGACAGGGGGCAGUGUUGUUUCAGACAUCCAGCUCAUCUCUGAGAAAGACCCCAUGCCCCAUGGGUACUGCUACAUCCCUGAAUACCUGGAGCCGAAGACCUCCGUGUUUAAGAAGAAGAGAGUAUGUGUGCGUCUUGUCCCUCUGGGCAGUGUGGAAAUGGCUGUGCUGGACAUCAGAGUGACGGCCAAGAGCAAAGUGGUACUGCAGCACUACACUUGUCUGGGUGACAUCCACGGGUACGUUCUCUGGUCUAAGAAGGGGCCCUUCUCCAGCCCUACCCCCCAGGCCAAGCCGCGUAGCAUCACCCUGGACAUCCGCCAGAUGUCCCUGGAUGAGCCACCCCCACCCCUACCGCUGAGACCCAGCAAUGGUCCACCUGCACCCCCAGUUGGGAAGCUUAGCCAUCGCCGUAGUAACUUGGAGACCAGAGACUUGUCGGAGAACCUGUAUGACAGCAGUAACAUCAACUCUGUUUCAGCCAUGGAUGGGGUCCCCUUCACCCUCCACCCCAAAUUUGAGGCACAGCCCAAAGGACAUGUCCCUGAGGACUCCCUGAAGGACAUUCGCAUCAAGUCAGUGCAAGAGAUUGAGAACGAGUACAACUACACUUUUCUGGUGGAGGAAUCGGCUGCAAGUCGUACUCGGCACAGAGCCUCCCUUUCUGCCCAAAGCUCCAACUCCACAGCUUAAGACCCCACCUCCAUCCCAGAAACACAACCUACGACAGGUGGAAAGCCUCCAUGAGUGACCUCAACACUGAACACCACAUUCCUGCAAUUACCCCGAAGGGUGAAGAUCUCAGUUCCAUAAUCGCCCCCCAAAAGUCUUUUUAAAGUCCUUCCUCCUAUUAU